AUGGCGGAGAUCGUUACCAUCCCGAUGCCUUUGUUAGCCCAGCCUAAUCCAGAUAACCGCAAAAAGACUGCCUCUCCAUCACAGACAACGACGAAAAACGGAUCAAAAGCACAUCAACACGGAGGUGUACCCAAGAGAAAGCAAUCCAAGAGCCGCAACGGUUGUCUUACAUGCAAGGCGAAACGUCUAAAAUGCGAUGAGACGAAACCUACUUGUCAGCAGUGCGCUAAAAGGGGCGUGACAUGUGGGGGAUAUAAGAAAGACUUCAAAUGGCGGCCAUUUGAGGAGACCAACUUCACAGGGAAACCGCCUGGGAAGCUAAGAAAAGGCUCUAUCCAACCAUCUCCGACGUCUGCGCCUCUUGACGGGAACAACUCCAUGGACCAACACGGUACACUCCAUGCGUUCACCAAUCCAGGACCGGGUGCGUUCUUUCUGCCACCACAAUCGUCUUUGUCUACGAUGCGUGGACCACCUCUUAUUACGACUUUUCCACAGACAUCCUACCCGCUCGCCGAGAACAUGUACGAUAUGCCGCAGUCGUCACCCUACACGAUCACUCCUCAGUCGAUAUCGCCUGUCGAUUCCUAUGCGUCAGGCUCCACAGAAUGCCCAGUGAGCUUAUUCGGGUCUGAGAGUGUAAUGACAAUGCAGACAAAGACUACUGCGCUCUCAAGUGUCUCGUCUGGACAGUCACCGCGACUCGUUGACCUGCUGCUACCCGGAACAGACCUCGAUAUCCCACCAGAAGAGUACUCGUCGUUCCGGUCUCAGCAUGAAUCGGUUUAUCAAUCUACUGACUUGACCCCAAUAGUGGAAGAUGCCACAGCAGAUGCAACCCACAAUAUGAACCUCCAGCACGAAACGUGGAUAAUGCGGCUACCCUCGCCUUCGUCAUCAAGUUCAUCAAGUCCUUCUCCGGAUCUUCGAGACUUUCGAAUCUUGAAACAACCACAAUUCUCCUCCGCUGCUCCCGAGACUUUUACACGGCAGUAUGACAGGGACACAUGUGGGGUACUUUCAGUAAAAGACGGUCCCACGGAAAACCCUUGGCGGACCCUUGUUUGGCCUCUCGCGCACGAUUGUCCAGCCCUUUAUCAUGCUAUCGCAUCUAUGACGUCGUUCCACCAUUCCACAGACUCCCCAGCUAUGCGUAUUCAAGGUAUUGACCAUUUCCGGACUGCUGUUCAUGCACUGGCAGAGGGGCUGCAAAAUAUGCGUUUUGACGCUGCCAUCUCAACAACGCUGGUGCUUGCGUUUUCCGAAUCGUGGGACCAGCAUAUCAGCACAGGUAUAAACCAUAUCAAAGGCGCCAAGCUCUUGAUCGAUCAAGCCCUUAUACAACAUCGUCAGGUACCUAAGCAAGGCGAGGAAUGGACUCGUUUCAAGUUUCUGUGCAACACCUGGAUCUAUAUGGAUGUCAUUGCUCGUUUGACUUCUGCGGACGAGGAUGAUUUCAACGACGUUGAUGCUAUCCAUGAGAGUAUACACUCGGGUAGGGAAACAAACUCGAUUGAUCCUCUUAUGGGGUGCGCCAGCACCCUGUUUCCUAUUAUCGGUCGCGUUGCAAGCCUAGUCAAGAAGGUCCGUCGAUCGAAUGGCAACGAUGUCGACAUAAUCACACAAGCAAUGCAGCUGAAAGCGCAACUUGAGAAAUGGACACCUCCAUCUUUCAUCGAAGAUCCAGAAGAUGAGAGCGUGAGUCCGUGUGACUCUAUCAAAACAGCCACCGCCUAUCAAUACGCAACGUUGUUGUAUCUGCACCAAGCUGUUCCGGAAAUUCCAUCAUCAUCAUCGAGCGUACUUGCCAAGAAAGUACUCUCCGAACUAGCCGCCGUCGAGCUCAAAUCUCGCUCGACCAUCGUCCAUAUCUACCCUCUGAUGGCGGCAGGCUGCGAGGCUACAUGUGAAGAAGACCGUAAUUGGGUAAAGACUCGCUGGGCACUCAUGGCUUCCAAAAUGAAGCUCGGCAUUCUAGAUAAGAGUUUGGAAGUCACUGAGGAGGUUUGGGCUCGACGUGACGCUUAUGCAGCGAAGUGUACAGCCGCGGGUGGAUUUCGAAGCGACAACUUCACUCCCGAUGCGUCAUUGAAGCGUGAUUUUGCUUCCCUGAGUAGAGGCUUCUAUGAUGGCGAUUGCGGGCUUGAUGUUAACCCUAAGCGCCGGAUGCUCAACGUACACCCAACGUAUGCCGCCCCAAAUGUGGACUCGAACACAAACUACUCGAAGGAUUACAGAGAGUCACCGAUUGAGGAUGCAGAGUUACUGGAGCCCGAAUUUACAGUAAAUGGCCGUCUACAUUGGCUGGGCGUGAUGAAGGACUGGAAUUGGGAAGGUGAGCUUAAUGUCGCGGUAUAA